AAAUAAUCGUUUUUCGAUAGCGUUGCGGAUACGCGAACCCCUGAAGAUAGGCCUACUUAGGGGUGAAGGUUUCGGCCAUCUGCCAUUCGGCAUCAUGUCGGACAUGAGCGUCUACGACGAAGAGUUUCGCGUCUAUAAAUGCGUUCUCGUCACCGUCGGCGCCAGUGCCAGCUUCAAGCCCCUCAUUGAGGAGGUGCUUUCGGACGCGUUCAUCGCCAAGCUCAAGUCGUUGCAAUUCACCAAUCUCAUCGUCCAAUGUGGUCCCGACUUCGACUACUUCCAGUCGGCUAAGCCCCCGCGGGAUCCAGAUGAUGACCCUAACAGACUCAACGUGAUUGGCUUCCCGUACAAGCAGGAUCUCCAGCGCUGGUUUGCCCUCGCCGCGCCAUCCACUACUCGUGAAACUGCGAAGCGAGCUAAAGGGGUCAUUAUCACCCAUGCAGGUUCCGGAAGCAUCCUAGAUGCGCUCGAUUACAACACGACCAUCAUCGCGGUGCCUAACCCGGCGCUCAUGGGUAACCACCAGUCAGAGAUCGCUGAUGAGAUGGAGAAGCAAGGAUUCUUGACUCAGGGCAAGCUCGGCUCCCUUACCGAUCAGCUCACCAAGGAGCUCCUCGAUGCUCCUAAGAAGCAGUGGCCCCCCGACCCCGAGCCCGACAUGGCGUGGCCGGGCGGCCUGUGGGAUGUCAUCGACGCCCUAAUGCCCCGAGAAACGUUGGCAGAAGCCCAGAAGAAAAGCGCCGUGUGCGUGUGCAUGUAAAACCAUGGGAUUCCACCCUAGAGUUCAUUAGUUGACUUCGGCGUUUACGGAUCGGCAGAGUAGAUACCCCAAUUGCAGACAGGCCGUUGCUUAUUAUGCUACAUAGACGAAGGGAUUUCAAUUUCGCUCGUGUCCUUUCCCUCUUUAAUCUCAUGGCUGUUUCCAUUGUCUCGAAGUUUUUGAAUUAGACGUUGGAAAAGAUAUGAUUUUACCACCU